AUGGGGAGAAAACAUGAAAAAAGCCCUGGUGAUGACUCAGGAAGCACAGUUCAAACAAGCAAAGAUAAGCAGAAAGUGAAAGAUAGAAGGGAGAAGACUAGGCUCAAAGAACAAGCAUGGAUGAAAAGGCAGAGAGAAAACAAAGCAAAAUAUGAUGAGCUGAAAAAAGUCGAUAGGGAAAGGAGACAGGACGCUAGACUACGAAAACGGCAGCAAGCUCUCUCUCUGAUCCAAUCAUUCAACAAGAACUUACAAAGAAAAAGCGUGAGGAAAAAGUAUCGUCAGAAAAAGAAAGAAAAAGCAGCCAUUUCAUUACCAGAUCCCAAAAUUGCUGAAAUCAAUAAGAGAAAGAUAGAGAAAAAGAAAGAAGCUGUGAAAAGAACCAAAGCAUGGAGAAUGCGCAUCAAGCUGAAGGAUAGUACAAAACAAGGAUGA